AUGGAAAGCUAUCAGAUUGCAUAUCGGCUGGCCAGCAGCAGCCCCAACAAGUUCACAACGGUGGAGGUGGGCUCAACAGUCCGGCAGUUCACUGCUACUGACCUCACCCCCGAGUCAGCAUACAUCUUCCGGACGUCUGCCAAGACCCGGCAGGGCUGGGGGGAGCCUCUGGAAGCCACGGUGAUCACGACAGAGAAAAGAGCUCUCUCAUUUUCUAGAAGGAUUGCAAUCUUAAGAAUAGCGCCCGGCCCCCCCCAGCAGCUGACCACCCCCCAGUCCGACGUGUCGUCGCGGAGCCUGCAGUUGCAUUGGGUCCCUGGAAGUGAUGGAUCGUCACCCAUACGAUAUUUUACAGUCCAAGUGCGAGAGCUGCCCGAUGGAGACUGGCAAACCUACUCGUCUUCCAUCAGCCACGAGGCAACGUCCUGCAUUAUUGAGAGCUUGAACCCGUUCACCUCUUACAAGCUGCGUGUGAAAGCGACCAACGACAUCGGGGACAGCGACUUCAGUGCCGAGACGGAGGCGGUGACAACGCUGCAGGAUGUUCCUGAUGAGCCCCCCGGUUCUGUGCUGGUCACUCCCCACACCACUUCGUCUGUCCUUGUGCAGUGGCAGCCACCCAAAGCAGAGAGUCUGAACGGGCUGCUGUUGGGGUACCGGAUCUACUACAGGGAGCUGGAUUACGAUGCCGGGUCUGCAACCGAAUCCAAAGCUGUCAGGAACCCCUCAGCUUUAAGAGCUGAGCUCACACCCCAAAGCAGCUUCAAGACAGUGAACAGCAGCUCUGCAUUAACGACGUAUGAAUUAACACAGUUGAAGAAAUACAAGAGAUAUGAAGUGUUAAUGACAGCAUAUAAUGUCAUUGGUGAGAGCCCUACCAGCACACCAGUGGAAGUGUUUGUGGGUGAAGCAGCACCAGCGAUGGCCCCACAGAACAUCCAAGUAAACUCCCUUUCUGCAAGCCAGCUGGAGCUCACCUGGGACCCACCUCCUGCCGACAGCCAAAAUGGGAACAUACAAGGCUACAAGAUUUAUUACUGGGAGAGCGACGUCCAGAAUGACACGGAGAAAGUGAAGGUCCUUUUCCUCCCUGAGACAACAGUCCGCCUCAAAAACCUGACCAGCCACAUGCAGUACUUGGUCUGCAUCUCUGCCUUCAAUGCAGCAGGGGACGGCCCCAGGAGCAGACCCUCGGCGGGCAGGACACACCAGGCUGCACCCAGUGCUCCCAGCUUCUUGGCGUUCUCUGAAAUCACUUCCACGACACUCAAUGUGUCUUGGGGCGAGCCGACAGCAGCAAAUGGAGUCCUGCAGGGUUAUCGAGUAGUCUAUGAGCCUUUGGCUCCCGUCCAGGGGGUCAGUAAGGUGGUGACUGUGGACAUUAAAGGGAACUGGCAACGCUGGCUGAAGGUCCGAGAUCUCACCAAGGGCAUGACCUAUUUAUUCAGAGUGCAAGCCCGAACCAUUGCCUAUGGACCUGAACUGCAAGCCAACGUCACAGCUGGGCCAGCAGAAGGGUCUCCCGGCUCCCCUCAGGAAAUUCUAGUGACAAAAUCUGCUUCUGGGCUGACGGUACAAUGGACUGAGGGAGAUUCUGGAGAAAAACCCACAACCGGGUACAUUAUAGAGGCACGGCCCUCAGAUGAAGGACUGUGGGACAUGUUUGUGAAGGACAUUCCUCGCAGCGCUACCUCCUACACCGUCAGCCUGGACAAACUCAAACAGGGUGUGACGUAUGAAUUUCGGGUGGUGGCUGUCAAUGAAUUUGGCUAUGGAGAGCCAAGUGUUCCCUCUGUGGCAGUAUCAGCACAAACAGAAGCCCCUUUCUAUGAGGAGUGGUGGUUUCUCCUGGUGAUGGCACUCUCAAGUCUGAUCCUGAUCCUGUUGGUGGUAUUUGCUUUGGUCCUGCAUGGCCAGAGCAAGAAGUACAAGAACUGCAGCACAGGUAAGACCAUCUCCAAUGUGGAAGAGUCAGUCACCUUGGAUAAUGGAGGCUUCACUGCUCUGGAGCUCAACAGCAGACACCUAAACAUCAAGAGCACAUUCUCAAAGAAAAAUGGAACCAGGUCUCCUCCUCGCCCAAGCCCAGGUGGGCUGCACUACUCUGAUGAGGAUAUCUGCAACAAGUACAAUGGAGCUGUGCUGACCGAGGGCUUGGGACUCAACGAGAAGCCCUUAGAAAUGUCGGAGUCAGAGGCCACCGACUCAGAUUACGAAGACGAGCUGCCAAAGCAUUCCUUUGUGAACCAUUACAUGAGCGAUCCCACGUACUACAACUCCUGGAAGCGGCAGCAGAAAGGGGUGAAGCACCCAACAUCCUACAGAUACGAGGAGUGCUCCGCCAGCGAGACAGAACCCUAUUUCCAGACUGUCAUCACGACACAGAGCUCAGGAGGGGUGUACACCCCAACGGGACAGCCUGCACCCGGCUCCCGGACUCCAGUGACAGGCUUCUCCUCCUUCGUCUGACACGGGGUGGGAGGGAAGAGCCCGGCCGCGAUGCCGGCGCUGCUCGGGGUCACCCACAGCAGUGACCAGCGGCGAACUGUGGGUAGCUUCUCUAUCAGGGUAGAGCGGAUGGGAACAUGGAUGAGGCUGAUCUGGUUUUGUUCUUUGUUUUUGUUUUUUUUCAGUUUGUUUUGGGUUUGGGGUUUCUUGUUUGUUUGUUUGUUUUUGUUUUGUUUUGUUUUCCUGAAGACAAUCAAUUCUCAAAAACACGGAGCUGAA